CUACCGGGGGCGCGCCAUAUUUGUGCUAUGGUGGGAAAUUUGUAACUUCUUUGUGUAAGUUUGCUCCGUGUUUGCAUUGUCUGUUCCCUCAAAACAUGACCCUAAACUUUCAAGCAUCAACACUGUCACUGACUCUACCGAUUUCUUGUCAAAUAUGUCUUGGAAAGGUCAGGCAACCCGUGAUAUGUGCCAACAACCACGUGUUCUGCUCGACUUGCAUGGAGAUGUGGUUAAAGAAAGCGAGCCAGUGCCCCACAUGCAGAGUGCCCAUCACGGCAGAGAACCCCUGCAGAGAAAUCAUUGGAGGCACAAAUGAGAGUGAUCACAAAGAAAGCACUUCUACUAGGAAAUGCUUGCGAAAAACAAGAGUGGAGCUGCUUUUUAGAGAGUAUGAGGAUGAAAUUGAAGGCCUCAUCCGAGAAAAUGAGGAACUAAAAAACAAAAAUCAACAUUUGGAGUCCCAACUGAAAACUGCUCUGGAUCCUGGCUCUGUGGUCACUGAUGACAAAAGAGUGGACUCCUUCAUCCUGGAUGAACUGACCAAUAAGCUUCAGGCUGCCACUGAUGCUUGUGAGAAAGUAAAGCAAGACAUGGACAGGCUUAAAGAGGCAAACAAGGCUUUACGAUCUCAAAAUAUUGACCUUGUACAAGAGAACAUGAGGUUGAAAGCUGAGGUUGCAAGCAGAUCGCCUCAAAAGUUUGGACGCUUCACAGUAGCAGCCCUUGAGGCCAAAAUCCAGCAGUAUGAACGUAACAUAGACCAGUUAAAGCGGGCUUUGGAGCGCAGUGACCAGUACAUAGAGGAGCUGGAGUCACGCAUCAAAAAGUCAGAGAAGAAGGGUGCUGAAUUAGAGGAACCAGUCCGGCAACGCAACAAGAGUGGGCCUGAAGACUUCACACAGCAACAGAAAAUCAACAUGAUGAUGAGGAGUUUGAGUGACAACGAGCGUCUGUCCAUCUGUAGCAACCCAGAGUCAGACUGUCGGAAAUUUUCUCAAAACCAUAGCUUGAUGUUCCUGCCGUCGGGAAAUCACACAGAAUUUAAGAAGACUCUGACGGGAAAGCAGAAAAGUGAGGAGUUGAACGGCGCCAGUGUUGACUUCAUGCACACCACUCCAUCUUCAGCUUUUCGCUCUUUAACAUUGAAAAGUCCUGGGGUCCGAGAGAAAAAAGUUGUAUUUAAGCCUAGUUCUUAUCUAAGGAGGCUUGAUUUUGAUGAAUUUCCCACUCCAAGUAAGGUUCAGUUUAUGAGUCUAAAUAAAUUGAAUCCAGACACUGAAGCAGAGACCAAGCCAGUGUUCUGGGAUAUCUGGAACAAGUCUAAACCUCCUGAAGAACCAUGUCCUGGCCCAAGUAAAGGGAGUCCACUCAAAGGAGCUGCAUCUAACAAUUAUGAGACGAUUAUGAGUGAAGCAUCUAUGGAUGCUGCUUAUCUGGAUAAAAUAUCUGAGUUGGACUCCAUGAUGCUGGAUGGAGAGAGCAUCAGCAGCCACAGUUCACAGAUCUCCUUGGCGUCUUCUCCUUCAAAAGAUUUAGAAGCUACUUUAGUGUCAGAAACACAGAUCACCUCGGCCUUUGUCCCAGUCCAGUGUAAAACUACAGACUUAAAGCUUCCUAACAAAGAGGGUGUCAAACAAGUCCCUUUACCUGUUAGUAGUGAAGAUGCUGGACCCUCCCAGACUGACGAACUGUCCUUUGAGCUGUUGUUCGAUUUGCUGGAUGAAAACAAGGAUGGCGCUGCAUGUCAGCGGGACCCAAACAAAGCUGGCUGUUCUUCCUAUUGCAGUGACAAACCUGAAAAUGCAAGAGAUGGAAACACAAUGAACAUGUUGCAAGCGACAAAGAGGAAGUCCUACGGCCCCUUUACCACAAGCAGUCCCACUAAAAUGUCCAAGCUCAUGUAAAGGGAUCAGGCACUGUUUGUAAUCUUGUUUAAUUACAAGUGACAUGAAUUGAUGCUUUGUAACUAAAUGUUUCUUGUUCAUUUUUGUGAUCUGUAAAGUUUGACUAUUGUGCAGAGUUUUAGUACUGCUUUGAUAACAGAAAAGUGAAGGAAAAUAGUGAAAAAUAGAAAUGUGUUCGCUCUUAGCAAGCUCAAAAAAAAAAAAAAAAAAAAAAAUUAUAUGGAAAAAAUAAAAAUAUGCAAUCAAGCUAUUUGUCUUUGCAUUUGAUAUACUGGUCAUUACAGCACUGUGUAUUGUUUGAAAUUGCUUUUCUUUGAUACAAAUGUUGUAAAUUAUCUUCUUUCAACUCAUAACACCGCUUAAUAACGCAUUCACAUGGCACACAUUGGGGACCUCACAUGCUCUGUAAAUGUAUUGCAACACAAAAGAGGCUUAUUUAUUAUGUAAAUGUAAUGAUAUCCUGUAUGUUUCACACACCUCUAAUCACUGCAUGAAAUUUUAAUUGAGCAGCCUUUGUGGUUUGGCUUGAAUAAAUGAAGUGUUAAUUCA